ACAAAGGUUUGCCGGGUCAGGGGUUUGGAAGUAGUGUCAUAGGUACCUGACAGAUCGAAGAUCAUUUGGGAAAGGGAAUUUCACCUUUAGCUCGAUUAAACGGUUAAAUCAAGAUUUUUGAUGAAAAAAUAACGACUUGGUUCAUGUGUUGCCUGUUGUAAUGUGGUUGCUACUGUACUGCAUGUGAAGAAGAGGAAAGGACUUCGCCACCGAAUGCAACAAAAAGGAUUUCUUCUUUAAUUCCUUCAAGACUGUUAUAGUUUAAAUUUAAAAACGGUAAGGCUAGUAAAGAAGAAGCAACGUUUUUUAAAGCUAUACAAUCCAAACCGAGGAGUGGUUUAAAUUAUCUAUCAGUUUCAAAUUCGAAUACCGGUGUCAUCAUAAUUUUAAAAAGUUUACUUCACCGAAUGCCAAAAAGAGACUCAAAUUAAGGGAAACACGAUUGGAUUCUUCCGAGGGACUUUAAUUACAAGAAAAUGAAAAAUGUUCUAAAUCCUCAAGAAUGUUGCUGAUACUGUGCUAAAGCAUAUUUCAGUGCCUUGUCUUCUUAAAUAUUAUGUUUCGUAUCUGGAAGGCGUGGGUAAUCGCCGUGAUGACUUACAGUUUCUCAAGUGACUGACCCGAAAAAAAAAGGCAGUUGCACUAAUCAGGUGUCUAAAUGAAUGACAGGUUAGUCGUUUACUCCCUGCAAUGGAAAACAAUAUUAACUUGAGAACCUGGUGAUAAUGAUUGUUCUUGUGCUGUAGACGGGCUGUAGCCUAUAUGUAGGUACAUUGCUACAGUGUCUGAUUUAAAACUUGCAACUUGCGUACAGUUCUAUUUGAGACGGGAUUCUCGGCUACAGUAUGUUCCUACCUUCAACAUCUAUGAAGAUUUAGCAAACAACCACCCCCAGCGUGCGUCCUCGCCACAAGAGAAGACGAUGUGAAAAAAAACAUUUUUUUUUACGUUUUAGAGCUGACACCAUAUCAAAAAUAUGGGAAAAUGCGAUGUUUUGUUGCUAAGAUGUGAGUCUUAUUUCAAGAUAUGCCGAUAUGCUGUUACGACAAAUUCAACAAUCUAUCCGGACACGCUUCAAAAUAAAAUGAAGUUAUCUCAAUAAUUAAAAAUGUCAAGUAAAUUGAAGUCUCGGUCACUUGGAAGUCGCAUGUACCGUAGUCUCCUGAUAAAAGAAAGUCAUUCGUAGUUGCACUUCAUGGUACCAAUUAGUUGUGGGGCUGGUUACGUGUAUUUGUGUUUUUUAUGGGGUUUCAAGCUUGUAGCGAAUAUGGAGUUGUCUGAAGUGAACGUGAGCUGUAUCGAUUGCGGGUCCCAAGGUCCAAAUCAGAGCAGUCUGCCAGCGCAGAACCCAUCCGCUGGAAUGACCACAGCGCUAGCCAGCGUGCUGAUAUUCACCAUCGUAGUUGACAUCCUGGGAAACAUGCUUGUCAUCUUGUCAGUAUUUAGGAACAAGAAGCUCAGGAAUGCAGGGAACAUCUUUGUCGUCAGCCUGUCUGUCGCAGACCUGGUGGUGGCAGUGUAUCCUUAUCCCUUAGUCUUAAUGGCCAUCUUCCACAAUGGUUGGAAAAUGGGGGAUAUGCACUGCCAGGUCAGUGGUUUUAUAAUGGGGCUCAGUGUCAUUGGAUCAAUUUUCAACAUCACAGCUAUCGCCAUCAACCGGUACUGCUACAUCUGCCACAGUCUCCAGUAUGACAGGCUCUAUAGCAUGAAGAACACGUGUUGCUACCUGUGUCUGACAUGGGUUCUGACUGCCAUUGCCACUGUGCCAAACUUCUUUGUCGGUUCUUUACAGUAUGACCCCCGUGUAUUUUCCUGUACGUUUGCCCAGACUGUCAGCUCGUACUACACAAUAGCUGUGGUGGUGAUUCAUUUCAUAGUACCUCUUUUAGUGGUUUCCUUUUGCUACUUAAGGAUUUGGAUUUUAGUCAUCCAAGUCAAACAUCGUGUCAAACCAGACAAUAAGCAGAAAAUAAAACCCAGUGACCUUCGAAACUUCCUGACUAUGUUUGUGGUCUUUGUCUUGUUUGCGGUCUGCUGGGCACCUCUCAACUUUAUUGGUCUAGCUGUGGCGAUCAACCCCAUGAAAGUUGUGCCACAAAUCCCAGAGUGGCUCUUUGUCACAAGCUACUUCAUGGCCUAUUUCAACAGCUGCCUCAAUGCUGUCAUAUAUGGGCUUCUCAACCAAAACUUCCGAAAGGAAUACAAACGAAUACUCUUAACACUGUGCACUCCUCGCAUGCUUUUCAUGGACACAUCCAAAUGUGGGACAGAAGGAAUGAAGAGCAAGCCAUCACCGGCAGUAACAAACAACAACCAAGCAGAGAUAAACUUGUAAAUAAAAACGAAACAAAAUGUACCAUCUUGUUAUUUUUCUUGACUUGUUCAUCUUAAGUGAAAUGAGUUAUUUUACAAGAACAAAUCCUUGAGAAGAGCUUUCAUAAAUAUUGAUAUCACUGUGUGCCUACAGUAUGAGCUUAGGAUGAGUGAGUCGGUAUGGAUCUCUUUAUCCUAUAAGGUACAAUUUGUUUUUACCAUACAUACAGUUUUGUUUUUACCCUCUUCUGAGAAUUUGAAAUGUCACAAUUUCAUUGGAUAAUUAAAAUGAAAAAAUAAAGAGGUUGGGUUGUUUUACAUUACCCCAUAUAUAGCCACUAUAUUGUACUUUAAAAUAAAACCUGUCACAAGUAAAUUUGUCAAUAUGUAUGUUUAAUUCCACAUGGUGCCAUAGAGCCUUGCAUGCGCAAAUCAGCUUUAAUGCAUCAGUGAGAGGUGGAGGAACUGAUGCAGUAUAUUUUGCCACUGUUUUGUUAUUUUUACUUUUUUGGAUGCACUUUCAUACUUCCUUUUAAAGAAAAAACUGCAGAUAUAUUUAUGAAUGAUGAAUUAUUUGGUUUGUUGUGUUGAAACAUUUUUAUCUAUUUUGUGGUUAAAAAAAACAGGA